CACCUUUACUCAAAGCUUCGCGCCACCUUAAUCAAAAUCCUUAAUAAUACAAAGCUCCCUUUUAUAUGAAAACCUUACCGCAAAAUGAAAUAGAUAAAAUUCACAAAAAAGUAACCCAAUUCGCGACGUCAUGAAAAACCCCCACGAUAGUGUUGUGUGCGUUCAAAUAAUUCUCUCUCUGUGUCUCCUUACAAUUUUAUAUCGUUAUUCUUUUCCAUUCUAUACUACACCUACCCACCGAAACCAACAUAUUCCUUCAUGAUUUAUUAAUGACGUGCGCGUGGGGUAUCAAUUUCUCUCUCAUUCUCUCUCUCUCUCUAUCUUUGUAUCUGUAUUUCUACUUUCAGCACGCCCGGCACUAUCCCCAAGGAAUGAAUACCUUUCCAAUAGCUUACUACAAAAAUAAAACUAUUGCACUAUUCCCUUACUCCUUGCCAAUUCCCUUUUUUCUUUCUUUCGGUUAUAGAACCCCAAAAAAAGCUCAACUUUAUAUGCCUUUGCCUGUUCCAGGGAUGUGUAUAAUAAAUUAAUUCUAUAUAGAGAUGGAUUUCCCCGCAAAAAAAGCGAAACGAAUUCCAUGAUACGUUCUGUGCUUGAUGCCUUCUGCCAUACGAGCAACGAAUUUACUCUCUCAGUUUUGAUACGCCAAUUGCUUCGUUUGGAUCACAGGAACAUUAAGUUACGGAUCCUUUUCCGGCGCGCGGCAUUAUUUCACUCCAACUUUUAUUUUUCUGUUUCUUUUCAUUUUUCUUCUUUUUUUUUAAUUCCUUUUUUGGAAAUAAUUUUUCUUCGAUUUGUCAAUAAAAAGAGUGUCCUGUGUGUGUUUUUGCAAAGGAAAUCAUAAAAAAAAAAUUUACAAGGAUAACGAUUUCUGCUCUCGCCGUUUUUAAGUGCGUGUAAGAGUUGUGCGGGGGAUUUUUUUUUAUUACGUAGUGUGUACACAACGAGAGAUACAAAUAAUAAAAAUAAACAUAUAAAUAAAAUUAAUAUAAAUAAAAAUAAUUAUGAAUCGAAAAAAUGAUAUUGUGAAGUGGAUAGAGAAAUAUUUGAAAAUCGAAAUAAAAUAUUUUCGGUUAAGUGAACUGAAGAAAAAAUAAAACAAAAAAAAAAAAUUAUUCGAUUGUGAUUUUGGUUUGUAUUCUUCGUGCUUUUUUUUGAUAGUUUUUUUUUUUUUAUAUAAAUUCUUUUGACACAAGCGAUUUAUAAAGAAUUCAUCGCUACAAUGUUUACCUGUUUGUAUCAGCUAUGGGAUUGGUUGGAUUCUCCACCACUAUUCAACGCAGCAACCAUGGACAGCAAAAAGCUGCAACAACUGCAGCAGGCCAAUUCCCAUUUAGCACCACAAAAGAAAGUCCCCCUGUCGUAUCAAACUAAUAUAGCCGACUAUCGGACAUCGGCACAUUCGCCAGUCUUCCAGAAUCAUCAUUUGCAAUAUCAUGGAGGUGGUAGUGGUGGCAGUGGUGGCGGUCAUCAGUCAAUCUACCAACAACAACAGCAGCAAUCACCCAGUUCGAGUGGUUCGCAGCUAACCCCCAUCGAUAUGCAACCUCAGGGAAAACACAACAUGCUCAAAACCACAGCCUACCAUCAGCAGCAAUUUACCGGCGAACAAAUCUAUCAGACACCGCCAGAACGAACCUAUCAAAUGUCUGCGGCAGCCGGACGACCGCUAUAUCAAACUGCAAGCAGUCAGCUUCAACAUAAUCCAGUCACAGCUUUGCAGCAGCAAUAUCAACAAUUGCAGCAGGCCAAAAUCCAAGCUCAAAUUCAAACGCAAAAUGAGGCACUGGUGCAGCAGCAGCGAACUUUUGCCAUGCGUCAAGCAUUGAAUCCGCCAGUUCCACAAGGUCACUAUCAUAUGAGUCAGAGUUCGAGCUUAAUGUCAUCGCCACAACAGCAACAGUCACCGCAUCAUCAGUCAGCGGCUGCUGCUGCUGCUGCGUCCUCACAUCGUACCGUGCCACCAUCGACACUUAACCUAAGCAGUCAAUUCCAGCCGGCGCCUGGUCCAUUGAAAGUCGCCCCCAAUACUAACAAGCACUUCCAUCAGGACCAAGCCAGCCUCUACGCACAACAGCAGCAUCAGCUGCAACUGCAAUUGCAACUACAGCAACAGCAGCAGCAAUUGCAGCAACAGCAACAACAAAAGCAAAACCAUCAGCUAUUGUCGAAUCAACAUUCGCUGCAAGACAAUGGCCAAUCGGCAAGACAAAAGCCAGCACCACCAUUGAAAAGCAGUGAUAUGAGUGGCAUAACUCCAGGCAGCGAACCAAGUCCCGUGUACAUUCAGCAGAAUCAUCCUGGUCAUGUUGUGAAUCAAGCAUGUCAAACGCAACUUUCUGGGGCACUUGGCAAUAAGACACCCGCUAAAACACCCAGCAGCGAGGACAGUUCGAAUAAAAGUCCAUCGGGAACGUCCACCUCAGCCGGCCAGCAUUCGCAGCUGGAUAGGAAGAAAAGUUCUGGUUCGAUACAAGCACUCAAAUCGCCAAUUACAAAACGUCCACCCACGUCCCCUGUGGCGAUGUCGGGUUGGCUAUACAAACAGGGUUCUGAUGGGUUAAAGGUGUGGCGCAAACGAUGGUUUGUGCUGGCCGAAUACUGUUUGUACUACUACAAAGGCCCAGAGGAGGAAAAGCUUUUGGGUUCCAUACUCCUUCCUUCGUACAAAGUGUCUGCUUGUCUGCCGGAAGAUAAAAUUUAUCGAAAAUAUGCCUUUAAGUGUGAACAUACCAACAUGCGCACCUAUUGGCUAGCAGCCGAAACAGCUGAAGCGAUGAUCCAAUGGGUGCGAGCCCUUACCGCUGCCACCAUGAUGCAAGUUAGCAGUGAAUCGGAUCAGACAUCACAGCCGAGUGUGUCGUCGCUCAAUCAGAGUGCUGAUAAUAGCGACUCUGGCAUUCAUACCUUGCAGUCGCAACAGAGCAAGAUGAGCCUGAGUCAGGGUCCGGUAACUCCAGCAUCCGACAAUGGCGCCCAACCAUUGUACGCAAAUGCUCCACCGAAACCCCGACGAAUUAACGACGGAGGCUAUUCAUCACCAAGUCCCGAACAUUCGGUCGACAAUGAGGGCAGUGUUGGCCGAAAACAUGGUCAAAAUCAGCAACAGCCAUCGUCAGCUAGACGAAGCAAUACCGUCAUGUCACCAUCUCUCCAACAAAUGCAACGCUCACAACAUCAUGCCAUUUAUGACUCACGAACCGGCAAUGUCACAUCGUCGUUAAGAAUGCAAAGUUCAGCGGACAAUCUGGCCAAUCAGAUGCAGCAAAUUAACAUGGAUGCCAAUCGUCAGUCGCCAUAUCACUCAAAUGACUAUAGUGCAGGUGGUUCAUUGCCACAGAAUAUUCCUGGAUCGGGAUAUAACCAUCAGGGUGUUGAUUUGGAGGAACAACUUAUGCGAAUGCCAUCACGAAGUAUUGGCGAUGAUAUCUAUGGUGAACGAGAAUUGUACAUGCAAAAAAUCAUCCAGCAGAGGUAUCCACCCAAUCAGGCAGUGAUGGGGGGAUAUGCAAGUGCAGAGCGAAGGACACCAGAUGCCUAUGGCAGGUCUAAGAAUCGACCGUUUUCAGAUUAUGAGGAUAUAUAUAAUUUGACACAGCAAUGUAAGACACCUCAGCCACAAGAAAUGGCUGCAGGGGUGGCGGGAGGGAGUGCAUAUAGGAGACCUAUGAGCCCGCCAACAUAUGACAGCACCAAACAUGUGCCACCGAUGCCAUCCAGAUAUACACCAAACCAUUUAGAGUCAACUACUGGAAGCAGCACAAACUUGCGUACAAGACCCUCAACAGCAUCGAUCAUACGACCACACUCGGCUGAUUUUCUAGAAUACGAGGCCAGAGUUGAAGCAGCAGCGGCUGCAGCAACAUCAUCAUCAACUGGCGGUGCCAUCAAACCAGAUGCCAUACGUGCCCCACGACCCAAAUCCAGCUUGGACAUCAACCGUGCGCCAGACAGUUUUUACUAUUCAGAGGCAAGUUAUGCUGAAAAAAUGCGACAGAGUGCUCUUUAUCUGCAAAGUCCUCAGACGGCCCAGCCCCAACAACAACAGCAGCAGCAGCAGCACCAUCUGCAACAACAACAGCAACCACCACCACCAGCCCCAGCCUCAGCAUAUGGCUAUACUGCAGCCUACCCAAGUCCAAGUGGCAUGCACACAAUUGGCUAUGAGAAUCCCUACGAGCGAGCCUACAAACGAAACGAACUUCUUCAAGAGGCAACCAUAAAUCAGGGGACUUCGAGUGUGCCACGAAUGAGCCGUGGUGUGAGCAACAGUGCCAUCAGCAAGGACAUCAUCGGCAGUGGCAUUCAUUUGCGCCCUCAACACCAUCAUCAGGGCUCUCAACAGCUUCCCAGCCAGCAUGAACAGUUUUUGAGGUCAGCUAGUGCCCGUUUGCCCCGCAAUCGAGACGAAGAUGCACCCAGCACACCGACAUCGUCCCUGCAGGACGGCGAAAGAAAACGUGAGGAGUCAAUGAAGCGUUUGCUUGAAUGGAAGCAAAGGAUGUUGCAAUCACCACUCACCCGUAAAGGUAUGCAACAGAGUGGUUCGGCAACGUUGAUGACAAAGCUAGGCAGCAAUCCGAACAUCCUUGCGGCAGGAGCGGCAAACAAUCCUGCCCAACAACAUCCUUCAUCUGGUGUUGUCGCCCCACACAAUCUCACUAUUGGCAAUGGCAGUGCCAGUGGCGCCAAUGGUGCGGUAGUGGUCGGAGGAGUAUCUGGUAUACAGAGGAGUCGUUCCGAGACUCAUGCCAAUGCUGGUGGUUACAAUAGUUUCUCAUCCGAUGACGAAGAUGGGUCCGAGAAAUCGCCGGCAGGAAGGUCGUCUACUACUACUACUCCAACUACUCCCUCAUCCUCAAUGUAUACAAUUGAAACAAACAAAAGUGCAAUAGACAUAGGCUCACAAUCAGAACAAACAAUAAGCGACAAUAUAAAUUUAAAAAAUCCCACUGAUCCAAAAAGUAGCGUACAAAACCAAAAUACAUGUAAUAACACAAAAACUAGCCCUAAGCCCAUUUUAGAAUGCCCUUCCCAUAAUAUUUUACAAAAGAUCGAUGUUGAUGGUUCUGAUAGUUUGUUAGAAUCACCACCACCACCUGCAUUGCCACAAAGAAACUCACCGGCAUUGCCGAAGAAAGAGCUGCUCAGCUCAUGCCUUCAGCUUGAAGAUUAUUCAGUUUCGUCAUAUGUGCCUGUUUAUAAGCCUAAGAUUUUAGAAGCAACUGCAACAUCAGCUGGUAAGAAUUAUGAAAAUGUUUCGAAUGACCUGAAAGUUGAGGACAAAGAAGAGGUUUCCGAGAAAGUUGAGGCUACUCUAUUACAAGCUGGUGUACAAGAAGAAGUUGUUGCCAUUGCAAACCAGGCGAAUGAAUUCAACUCUGAAGAAGACGAAGAUGGUGAAGAUGACAGAACUUGUGAGUAUACCGACGAUGAUCUGGAUGAAGCUUUAGCCGAUUCUGAAACAGCUACAACCCCAACUGGGCUUAACAAUGAUGAAAAGAACGGUUCGGUGAAUAGCCUGCUGAUGGAUGACCCAGCAACCGAGCAGUUUUAUGAAAACGAUCCUCCAACCUUGCCAAGUCUAGCUGAAGACCACUAUCUACCCAUGACACCUAAACGUAAUGUUCUUAGCCCAUCAGCGAGUUUGGUCUUUGCAGGUCUAAAUGACUCUACAGCCGAAGAAGAGAACCCUUAUGUAGAAAUGACUAAAGGCCUUGAGGACAACUCAAAUUCAAACUAUGAAGUGGUGUGCGUUUUAGCUAAUACCAAAGCAAAGCCCGAAAAAACUGCCCAAACAAUUCCUGAGCCAGUUUAUAUGGAACUGUCAUUGGGCAAAAUCUUACCAUCUGAAGAAGUUCUUAACUCUGGGAAGUCGACUCUCAAAAAGACAAAGAAUACAGAUACUCUGAAAAAAUCUACCGAUACUUUGAAGAAAAAGUCAAAGAAAUCUUCCGAACGAGCACAGAGUAAACGCAAAGAUCUUCCGGAUAUUCUUAAACCAUCACAAAGUACAAUCAUGAGCAGUGAUAGCUCUGAUGCGGAUGAUGAAUCCUCGAAGAACCCUGAUAGCACAAAAAUGCGAUCAAGAUCACGUUUCAGUUUGUCCGAUACAUUCCGUCCAGCAUCGUACUAUCUUGGAGCAACAACACCACUGGCGAACUGUGCUGAAAGUUCAGACAGUGAAAUUGUGUCGCCACCACCGAUCCCAUUAUCACCACCUCCCAUGGAGGAACUAAACACCGAGGAGAUAUUCUCAUCAGAACACUAUGACACCGUGAAGAGAAAAGAAAAAUUCAACAUAUCCUUUGAUCAAAUUCCAAAAAUCCACUCAAGUAACUCAUCGUUGAACAUAAGCAACAAACCAGAAGGUCUAAAAAGUUCUCGUCUAUCACUUCCUGAUCAGUUUUUGAAAAUUCGUGGGUUAAAAACACCGAUUUUGAAAAAUCACGAGAGAACAUUAUCAGAUUCAAACUAUAGCAUUCAAACAGACAACAGUUCGAAUACAUCAUCAGAUUUUGAUUUGUACAACAAGCUCAAGAAUAACUCUCCAUCAUUUGUGUCAAGUCCUCGUUACCAGUCGAACAGUUCCCUGCCCCAAAAACUCACCACAGGUGACAGUAGUGAAACAGACUCUGUAGAGUAUCGACAUCGGCAAGGUUCUGAUUCGGAACUGGAGAGGCAACGUAGCCGUCGACCACUGUCUGAGGAAUCGAUAAGUGAGAUCGAGUCAAUGAGCGAACAGUUCGAAGAGACAAUAAACACCACCGAUCUAGAUUCGUAUUUGAAUCAUCUACAAACUACUAAUGAUCUUUAUAUAUAUCAGAAUUCUGACAAGAAUCUAUUAAAUGACACAACAGGAUCUGGAGUUAGGGGCGGGAUAAUAGGAAAUUUGAUCAAACCUCCGGAAAUAUUCCGCAACAAGGGUGAUGAACAUUUUUAUGGAAACAUUAAUUUCGUCUCAUCGACGGACUCAUUGCAAAAACUUGAAGGUGACAAGGAACAGCCACAACAACAAUCACUCCUUAAAGAAAAGAAUCUUUCACUACAUGAUGCUCAAUGUGCCUCGGCUGAUGUCAUAAUGACUUCAGGACUGACAGCCAUACCUGGAACGACUUUUUCUGCCGAUACAGCAAAAAGCGUAACUUUAUCUUCGGUCGAUCUCGAUCAGACAUCAUUUUGUACGGCAUUCGACCUAACUCAGAUAACUCCAAUUCAUAGUCGAAAUAAUAGCAAUAUAUCCGAACAAUCAGCUCCAUACUAUUAUUCAGAGCUAACCAGCAGUCGAGAACUUGCUAGCCCUAUUACUCUCAACAACAAACGUGACAUCGCGAUAGGUUCUCAUCAUCGAUCAGCAACUGGAAUCUCUCAUAUUCACAAUCCAAUUAGUAAGCCAACAAAUCCUGUGAUAGUAGACAAUAUGAGUCUCAAAGGCUCAGCUAGGUCGCUCUCGGUUGACAUUCUAACAGAGAAGGAUCAAACGAUCGACAGUAAGAAUUUGUAUAAAACAAAAACAAACAUAGAAAAGCUAAGCUAUUGUGAUGGUAAGAGUUUAAAGAUUGGCGGUGGAGAGCCACUGGCUGAGAGUUUUGAUCAUCAUUCCCAUCAUCAACGUCAAACGUCAUUAACAUUUGCAUCAUCUACAUCCAAUACAUCCUCACCACUUCCCUCGGUGGAGGUUAAUAUUUUAAGCAAGCACAUUAAUACAGAUCGUGUUACAGAACUGAAUAAUCGUACAUCGAAACUUUCAGGCACUAGCGGAGCCGGUGAACAACUUUGGGAAGAAGACGCCCUCUGGCGGGAAAGUUUACGACGUGUUUCCCAGAGACAUGCACGAUCAAUGGAUGAAUUGGAUCGUAUUCAACCAGCAACAAUGUCAGAAACAAGUCCACAACAACAACAACAACAACAACAUCCACAGCAGUCGAAUAAAGUAAAAAUCUCUCGAGACGUUACAUAUGUCAAUGAUAAUGUUUCAGGAAGAUCAUCAUAUAAGACUCGACUAAGCGAUCCCAUCCAUGAAAGUUUGACAGUUGCAGACGCACCUGAUGAGAAAGAUGAAAAUGAUGUUUAUGUGCAAUUAGCAGCUGCAAUGGAUGAUGUUUAUGAAGUUUUACGUGAAGAUAGUGGUGGUUCAAACUAUUCAAGAAAAUCAACUGAAAUCGAUCGUGAAACUAUUCGACAAUGGGAUUCAAUGUCAAGUGGUCUAAUGAAAAAUAGUGGUGGCAAUAAUGGCACUAAUAAUGGCAACUCUGCCAGAGGAGGUGGCAGUUUGAGUGUGAGUGGUGAAAAAACCAAUUCACCAAAAAGCGAUUCAAAUGAAAGUGGAUUGAGCGGAGUUGAUAAUAGCAUACGCUCAGAAAAUCAACUGAAUAUGACAGAAACAGAAACUCAGAGUAAUGUCAAAACUAAGACAGUUACAUUCGCAAAACUCUACACUCAAGAAAACUACAAAUAAAACCAAAAACAGAAAAGAAAAUAAUUUACGAGCAAGAAAGAAAGAGCAUGAUUUUAUAUGAUUUCAAUUUUGUAAAAAAAAAAAAAUAAAAUAAAAAUUUGUAAAAAGAA